AUGAAGCUGCGGAAAACACCCUCGGCCUGCCCAUCCUUGUGGCGCUCCCUGCCGUGCCCGCCGGCCGAGCUGCGGCUGGACCUAGUGCUGUCGUCCGGACAGACGUUCCGGUGGUGGGAGAGCAGCCCAGGCGCCUGGACGGGUGUGCUUGGGGAGCACGUCUGGACACUGAGGCAGGACCGGGACCGCCUCUGGUACACGGUGUACGGCAAGGAGGAGAAUGGGCAUCCUGCCGAGGCAGCGAUGCUCGAUGCUGCCGAGAUGGAGCAGAUCCUGCGCGACUACUUCCAGCUGGACGUGGGGCUGCCAGCCCUGUACCGCGCUUGGGGUGCGGCCGACCCCCAUUUCUGCAAAGUGGCCAAAGACUUCCCAGGCGUGCGAGUGCUGCGGCAGGAUCCCGUCGAGUGCCUCCUCUCCUUCAUCUGCACCUCCAACAACCACAUAUCCCGCAUCACUGCCAUGAUCGAACGCUUCUGCCAGGCCUUUGGCCGACGCCUCUGCUACCUCGAUGACCAGGCUGUCCACGCCUUCCCUCCCCUCUCAGCACUCACAGGUGCCGACACCGAGGACCGGCUGCGGGCUCUGGGCUUUGGGUACCGGGCCAAGUUCGUCAGUGGGACCGCGCAAGCCCUAGCCGAGGGACUCGGUGCUGAGGGGCUGCGGGCACUGCGUGCUGUGCCCUAUGCUGAGGCCAGGAGGGUGCUGUGCACCCUGCCGGGUGUGGGUGCAAAAGUUGCUGACUGUGUCUGUCUGAUGGCCCUGGACAAGGCAGAGGCGGUGCCGGUCGACACCCAUGUUUGGCGCAUUGCACGGCAGCGCUAUGGUGCUGUACUGGGUGGCAGGAGCCUGACACCCCGGGCCCACCAGGAGAUUGGCAACUUCUUUCGAGGGCUUUGGGGCUCCCAUGCGGGCUGGGCACAGGCAGUCCUCUUUUGUGCCGACCUCCGCAAGAAUCAGGAGCUAGCCAGCAGCCAGGAUCGGGGAAAACAAGGCCAGGACAGCCAUGGAGAUGUGACCCACUAGGAACAUUCCAGGAGAGACAGAGCCCUGCUGAGAGGGAAUGGCAGUACCUGCUCCAAGUCUGGGAAGCACAAAGGUGGGGGCAGCUUCUUGUCCCUGGCUUACUCUGUGUUUGAGGUGCUGCC